GGCGCAAGGGACGUAACCCGGAAGUGGUCGGCUGGUCGGGGCCGGAGCAGUGGAGAGCGAGGGGGUGACGAUGCCUCUCCCGGUGCAAGUGUUCAGCCUGCAGGGAGGCGAUGUGUCAGGGUCUGAGGAUACAGACAGUCAGAACAGAUCACAAUCCUCUCCUUGGACAGAUGUAUAUGGAGGCCCUGACAGCGAUAGUGCAGAAGAAUUCUAUUUAGAUAAAGUUGGAUCUUUCAUCUGGAAAGCCAUUUCAUCAGCCUACUCAUUGCAUUUUGAGGGUGCUGUGGAGCCCAUGCAGAUUGAUGCUGACCCUCAAGAUGACCAACAGAAUGUGCCUGACAUCAACUAUGUGGUGGAGAAUCCAACUCUGGAUCUGGAGCAGUACGCCUCCAGUUACAGUGGUCUCAUGCGCAUUGAGAGGUUGCAGUUUAUUGCUGAUCGGUGUCCACAGCUGCGUGUUGAGGCCCUGAAGAUGGCUCUGUCGUUUGUGCAGCGGACUUUUAAUGUAGAUGUUUACGAAGAGAUUCAUCGCAAGUUGUCAGAGGCCAUCAGGUAUCAGGGGGAGGUACAGAAUGCACCAGAUGCUUUGCCUGAGGGCUCGCUGGACCCCCCUCCUCUGGACACAGCCUGGGUGGAGGCCACUCGCAAAAAAGCACUUCUGAAAUUAGAGAAACUGGACACUGACCUAAAGAAUUACAAAGGGAAUUCAAUUAAAGAAAGUAUAAGGAGGGGUCAUGAUGAUUUGGGAGAUCAUUACCUGGACUGCGGAGAUCUUAGCAACGCUCUUAAAUGCUACUCUCGAGCCCGGGACUACUGCACUAGCGCUAAACAUGUCAUCAAUAUGUGCUUGAAUGUCAUUAAGGUCAGUGUUUACCUCCAGAACUGGUCUCACGUUCUCAGCUAUGUCAGCAAAGCAGAAUCAACGCCUGAAAUUGCAGAGCAACGGGGAGAAAGAGACAGCCAGACCCUGUCAGUGCUUACAAAGUUAAAGUGUGCUGCAGGCCUGGCAGAAUUGGCUGCACGUAAAUACAAACAGGCAGCGAAAUGCUUCUUGCUGGCAUCGUUUGACCACUGCGACUUUCCAGAGUUGCUUUCCUGCAAUAAUGUCGCUGUAUAUGGAGGACUUUGUGCACUGGCCACUUUUGAUCGCCAAGAACUUCAGAAAAAUGUAAUCUCUAGCAGUUCUUUCAAGCUGUUUCUGGAGUUGGAGCCUCAAGUCCGUGAUAUCAUCUUUAAAUUCUAUGAAUCCAAGUACGCCUCCUGUCUAAAAAUGCUGGAUGAGAUGAAGGAUAAUCUUCUUCUGGACAUGUACUUGGCUCCUCACGUCCGAACGCUUUAUACUCAAAUCCGAAACCGAGCUCUUAUACAGUACUUUAGCCCUUACGUUUCUGCGGACAUGUACAAAAUGGCAAUUUCCUUUAACACAACUGUCCCUGCCCUAGAGGAUGAGCUAACGCAGCUGAUUCUGGAAGGGUUAAUUAACGCCCGCAUUGAUUCUCACAGCAAGAUCCUGUAUGCUCGAGAUGUGGACCAGCGCAGCACUACAUUUGAGAAAUCAUUACAGAUGGGGAGGGAGUUUCAGAGGCGCGCCAAAGCCAUGAUUUUGCGAGCUGCUGUUCUACGUAAUCAGAUCCACGUAAAGUCCCCUCCCAGGGAAGGAAGCCAAGGAGAGCUGACCCCAGCUAACAGCCAAUCCCGGCUCAGCACCAACAUGUGAGUGUGUCGCUGCCCUGCACCUCCUGGCCACUGACACAUCACAAGAAGAGUACAAGGGUGGUCAGACCAUAACCCACAGGCAUACGACAUGUUCCACCCGCUUGCGUCACCUUCCCAUAGGCUGCCUCGGCUGAGCUGUUAAGAACUUGUCAGGAGCUGCAUGGUUUUAUCUCAUCAGUCUCAGUUUAUUUGACAUGAUCACCUUUGCUCUUUCUGGCCCGAAUUAGAGAAGUAAUGAUGCUGAGUUUUCAUCUGGACGUUUCCAGGCAGCAGCUGCACUGGGGCAGGCCAAAAUUACGAUUGAGAUGUAAACGGCAGGGAACAGCCACAGUGUCAUCUCAGAAUGAAUGUUACAAAGCGCAUUCAGCAGCUUGUGUGCCCCUCUCGGCCUUUGCGUCAUCCCAACAGUUUAUUUUUUUCCCCUUUUGUUCUCCUGCCCACUCUCCCUUUUUCUCUCCUUUGCUUGUUGCUAUCCCCUCUCUCCAUGCUGUCUGCUGUGCUCUGAACAUUAAGCACCCCAGUGAGUUGGCCGUUCUAAGUUUAAGAUGCUGGUUCUGUUUAUUUUACCUUUUAUGAAGACAGGGCAUACAGCUGCAUUAGGAUCCAAUCAGAAGCUCCUCUUCCACCUCAAAAAAAAAAAAAAAUGAUAUUUAAAUGUUCCCUUUUGGUUUCUUGUUUUCAAUUAAACUUGUUCCUGUUUUUGCGUUC